CUUGAACCUUCUCAGAUUAGAAGGACUGACUGUAUCAUCAUCACUGUGGAGACUAACUUACUGCUCUGUGGGAGAGACAGAGAGAGAGAGAGAGAUUUUGCAUAUAUACGCUUGCAUCCUUCCACUGCUGACCAUCUCAGCAUCCUUCUGUCAAUCAGCUUCUAGGUACACACCUUUAACAAGCUUAAUCACCACCCACCCGACAGACAGAACCCACACUCGUUUACUACAACACAUUCCCACCAAAGAAGACCAUACCAUAAUAAUACUCAAGAUGUUGACCACCACCAUCCUCUCCUUCGCCGGCCUCGCCGCCGCCAGCAUGUGCUCCGCCAUGCCCUCCGGAGGCCAAAACGGCGCCUCUCACCAACAAAAGCAAGGAGGAGGAGGAGGCCAACCCUGCCUAGACGACGGCGCGGCGCAAAAAGUCGCAGAAAACUUCCGAUCCCUCAUCACCAACUACUCCAACGCCUCAGCCGCCGCCUACCUCACCGAAGAUUUCCACGACUACUCCGACGGCGUCAACACACUCAUCAACUCGGGCUGUCCCAACGGUCCUCAACCCCUCGGCUCGCCCACCUUCACUUCUCUGGAAUCUUUCCAAGCAGGUCAAGGUUCGCAACCCAACAUUCCCUUUGAGAUUUUGAAUGUUUGGCACGGAUGUGAUUUUGUCGCGAUGCGAUGGAAAUCUCCUCAGCCACAGGCUACGGGCCCGACGCCGCAGGAGCAGGUUCAAGGAAUUAUUGUUAUGGAGGUUUGUCAGGGUGGUGAGCAGGAGGCUUGGGUCAUUGAUACUGUGUAUUCGGAAUUUAACUCGGGGGCUUGGUUGUAUGAUUUGGAGGUGUUUAAGCCUACUUGUGAUGCUUCUGGUGCGCCGAUUGCGAAGGCUUCUAAGAGGGGUUUGGGUGGUGUUAUUGGUUCGCCGGUGAAGAUGUUGUAAACCAUCUACUUGGUUUAAGCAGGAACGAUGGGAGUCCCAUUGGGGAAGGACGGGAAACGAACGGGGAGGUGAGGUGAGGUGAAUCAUCACAACAUUGGUCAAACUCGGACAAGCCAAGAGAAAAAAAAAUACGGUCUUCUUGGGGAGGAUCAUAUCACAUUCCUUUUGUUCUUUUAUUUUAAACAGUUGCUCGCAGUGGAGGAAGAGCAAAUCCGUAGGACAGCAACAGCAUGUUAGUGUGUGCGACUGCUCCAAUCGACAGAUAUAUAGUAAUAGACUUCAGUUCUCA